AUGAGAGGGGUCGCCGGCCUCACAGGCAAGUGGAUCACAGCAAUUCUCUGGUGCCUGAGGACUUUGCAGGCUGAUGCGUUGGGCCUUGAAUCUGCAGAGUUCGCGCGCGGCUUUACAACCCUCGUGUUCCGAUUCACGGAAAAUGUUAAUGUCUCCGCUUUGUCUGACUGCGAUGCUGUGCUGCCUGGAGCAUCAUUGCAGAAGAUGGGCACUGCGCCACAGUGUCAGUGGCUAUUGGGUGGCCUGGCAUUUCAGGUGAUGCUGGGGCACCAACCCACGCUGGAGCUGGGCGACGUGAUCGAGCUUCUUCCUGCUGUAGGAUCUGCACUGCAGGCAACGGUCAACUCGUCGGACCGGCCAGAAGCUGUGGCAUCACUGAAGCUGUUGCCGGCACAGGUGCAGCGCUGUGGGCUCGUGGAUGUAGCGGUGGAUGCUUCCCUCUCCAGCGGCGGUGCUGGGCGGCCGCUUCAAGCGGAGUGGCGAACUGGUGCAGGCAGCCAGCUUCAAGCUGGACAGGUGAUCCAGGACCUGUUGGCAGCACAGAAUGGGACCUUAAGCUUUACGCUGCCAGCGACCAGCAUCGCCAGCGCUGUCGACGCUGCUGUAGUGGCGAAUGCUUCGCUCACGAUGGUGCAUGUCGAAGUGGUUCUCGCCGUCACGAACUGGCUUGGCCUCACGAGUGAGACUUCGGCGAUGCUGGAGGUUGAUUUGUCAGAGGUGCAGCUCCCAGUCUUGGAGGCUUCACCCAGCAAGUCCAUCCGCACCAAUCAGUCGGUCACCUUCAAUGCUUUGGCCAGGUACGCACAGGCAGCGAGCUGCACUACGGCUUCUUCGGCGAAUGUGAGCAUGAGCUGGGAAUAUCGGUCUGGCUCCGGCCCAUGGCUCUCCCUGGAGAACGCUUCGCUCCAGGAGAACCUUAUCACUCCUUGGAUGCUCCGCUUUGCUCCCUUCAGCUUUUCGCCGGGUUCCUCGCACCAGCUUCGUGUCAAUGCAGCCUUUAGCCCAACGCAAGUGCGACAGCAUGUGUUUCAGCUUGAUGUAGCAGCGGCUGCACCAAUGGUGCCCGUGGUAACCGGGCCAUCCCUUCUGCCAGAAACCUGCGAGCUUGUUCUGGAUGCAUCGCAGUCUUUCGACCCAGAUCAUGAAAGCGAUCCGCAGUACUUCUGGUCAUGUGCUGCGAACAGUACAGCCUUCAACUGCCAUUCGCUUUCCAACUUCCGCACGGUCACCUGGACGAACACUGACGGCUCGGGGGCAUCCGGUGAAGCUCUACGAAUCUCAGCCGGGCAGCUGGUGGAAGACCUGUACACUUUCAACGUAACGGUAAUUCGUGCCAGCGACCGUGCAUCUUUUGAGAUUGCCUCUUGGAUGGUGCAGGUCUUGCCGGCAUCUGCAGUGCCAAUUACAGUGUCCGUGCCGUGGUACGCCAAUCAGCCGAUCUCGGGACAGCUGCUGGGCGAGGUUCCGGAGUUCACAGCCACAGUCCUGGUCAGCGACGCUUGUGGCAUGUCUGCUGACGUGGAAUGGGUUUGGGCCUUGGUGUCCAAUGUCAGCCCCUUCAAGAUCUUGCUGUAUUUGGAUACCAGCGUCAGGAAUCUCACCCUUCCGGGGGAGAUCUCCGUAGCAGCUCUUGGCCUCCCGGCCUCGGGUUUCCUGGUGCCCGGAGACGUCUACGCAGUGGCGCUCCUCGAGUCUUCGGCUGCUGGGUCCUUGGCCGACUUGGCCGAGGCUGCGACGAGGGGCUUGCGCUUUGCGCGCUCGGUGCCCUUCCUCGCAGAUGGUGCCCCGACCGGUGGAUACGUCACAACCCUGCCAAGCGUUGGGACUGGAAUUGAAACGGAGUUCCUCCUCGCCACGUCCGGUUGGUUCGACGAGGACCUCCCGAACUCAGGCUUAGUCUACAGAUUCUACCGUUUUCCCUUGCCGCCUGAUGUGAGUUUGGUCGCCAAUUCCGGCAGUUUCUCGGUGAGCGGUGCCUGGAGUCGGCCUUCUGUCGACUGGCGCAACAAGAGCAGCGCGAACUUCUGGAGCAAGCUGGGAGGCAUCUUCCUGGCAGAGGCAUCCGAUGCCUCUUCGCUGCGGGUUGCGCUCCCACCAGGGGAGCACAUGCUUGGUGUAGUGGCAGAGGAUGGGCUUGGAGCGGUCUCGAGUUCCUGGUUCGUGGGCCCCUUGGUCCAGGUGCCAAGCGAUGCUGCUUCGGUGGCUGCUGUGGCCCUCAACUCUGCACUACGACUUGGGGACGCGCAGAACAUUCUGAACACACUGGCCGCGUCCGCGUUCACGAAGUCGGAUGACCUUAGCGAGGAGGUGGCGGCGCUCGUCGCCGCCUUGAUGACCUUGGACACGUCCGACUCGGCGCUGUCGCAAGUCAACGCCGUUGUUGUGGAACUGCUUAAGGAAGCUGUGCCCGAUGCCGCCGCACGUGUUUCCCAGUUUCUGGCGGCUCUGUUUGCAUCGAUCGUGUCACCGACAACUGGUCUGGACUACCUCUUGGAGGCACUGCUGCUUAUCAAGAUCGUCUACGACCAAGAGGCGUGGCUUCGCACGGACGAGUUGCGGGAGCUUCUGGCCAAAUGCGGCGAUGCAGUGCUGGUUGCUGUCCCCGGCUCAAGCGAGAAACGCGUCCAGUCCCUGGACCACCUCUCAGACGGGAAAGGGCUCGAGGUCGCCGUCAGAGAGGUGAGCCUCCACGAUGCCGUGCGUCAGGGCAUGUCCGUGGCAGGAUUCAGCACGGGUCCACUUUCGGAAAUUGACGGCCAGGCGGGAUGCGGGACCGUUACCGGCCAAGUCACCACAUGGCGGCAAAGUAACCCAUAUGCGUGGCCGAAUGUGACGACGGAGGGAGUGGGGGCUGACGUCACGAACGUGACAGAUGUCCACGUGAUUGAGAUGCGACGGUGUGGUUCGCCCUUCAACAUCACAGGUCGGAUUGUGCUGGACUUGCCCCUGCCCGAGUUCCCAACGGAACCCGCUUUGGAAGGGUAUGCUUACCAGCCUGCCUGCAUUGUUUUCGAUGCCGUUGCAGAGCAAUGGACAACAGAUGGGCUUUGGCGGCAGAUUUCUGAUUCACUUCCCGGAACCCUCAAGUGUUCAGCGGUUCCCAGUGCAGCAGAACUCAUCGCCGCAACCGUGGUUUACAGACUCGAACUCGUGCCCGUGGUGGAAGAGCCGCCGAGUGUGGCCCUGAUCAUAGUUGCCAUCAUCGUGUUCUUGCUGUGUAUGGCCGGGCUGGCCUAUGCAAACAUGAAGAAGUCCGAGGGGAAGAAGGACAAGGCAGAAGACGUGGAGGCCGCGGUGUCAUCCAGAGUGGCACCGGCUCCAGAAAGUGAUGAGCCAAGCGCGUCCCCCGAAGAGGCCGAAGCCCAGCCGGCCAAGCCGGAGGCAUCGACUUUGGUCGUGGCAGCUGAUGCUCCUGCGUUGCCGCCUUUACCAAGCGCCAGCUCCGGGCCUUCGCGUGCGGAAGAUCCAGGAUCGCCUGCCGAGGCCUUGGUGCCGAAGCCGCAGCUGGACAGCGGCGUCCCCGUCCAAGCGCCGGUAUCCAGCCCAGAGUUUGAGAGCUUCGCCGAGGGCUUCAAGACAGAUCUUCCAACAGCUUCUGAGGAAGCGCCGGCACCACCAGGCUGCUUUGAAGAUGAGGGCCAAGCCCAAGCUUAG